GGUGACAUGAAGAUAUCAACCGGCUCCCUGUUAGCAAAACAUGGACAAAUACAAGAGGUGCAAUUUAUUAAACUUAUAGAUAUAUAACAGAAUCGAUGUCAGGUGUGCGCGGAGGAUGAGAUGAAAGAGGUCGAUAUCUCACCGUGGUUGCCUGUGAUCCGGGACCGUGUCGCUUAAUGGACAUUUACAGAAAUGUAGGCGUUUUUAUUUGUUUAUCAAUUGUUAAACUAUAAUCAGACAAUAUGCAUUUAAGGCUCUUCCGUAUUUGCGUUGACAGCUAUUCCUACAUGUUGGGCAUCACUCCUCAUUUGCAUACUGUCUACUUUCGCUUCCUCGUUUAAGAUAUCUUGAUCAAGUUGAUCACUUUCUGGCUCAUAAAGAUGACCAACAGCCUCGGUGAACAAACGCCCGUCUCUCGCCAAGACACUUUGCUGAAGUAUUUACAGCACUACGACAAAGUGUGCUUUGAAGGCAAUGUUAAAGUGUGUUCAGACAGACAGGUGACAGAUGAAGGCAGACGCAUGCUAAUAUCAGAGCGCGAGCCGCGACGGAGGUUAAACUCGCUGGAUCUCUAUCAAACUCUGUGUGAGUUUGUUCACCUCAGAAACUGUCAAAAACACAUCCAACACUUCAUCAAGGCUGCAGAGUUACUGGAGAUCAUCUGUGUCAACCUGUUUUUGUUUCCGUGGAAGAAGGAGAUUAAAACUUUAAAGACAUUUACUGGACACUUUGUCUAUUACAUCAAACCAAUAUUGCCUUUUGCCAAGAGUAUUCUUCAGAGUAUUGGUUACUGCAUUGAGACAGACACUGAGUAUAGACUGGCUGACAGCGUUGACACUGAAAAGGCCAAAAACAUGGGAUUUGACCUUUUCCUUGCCAGGUUAGAAUGCGAGUAUAUCCUCGAGCUCAUGGACCAGAAAUCACAAGCAGAAUGUUUGGAGAUCCUUCAAAAGAGAUCUGCACCUCUAAAUUGUGCCACUGGAGAGGAUGUCUCGGAGCAUGCUGUUGACAUCUGUGAUCUAAACGAGGAUGUUUUUCAGGAGGAUGAGCAUGUUGAAGGUGGGUCCUUAGUAAAUCCAGAGGAACAGCAAAAACAGGAGUCACGUAAAAUGAAGCAUCCUUACGAUCAAGAACACGUCAACACGUCUCAAGAUGUUUCAAUAUCUGGUGUAGAAAAACCGUCCGGCUCAUUUAUGUGUGAUGACAAGUCUAUCCUGGAAAUGCAGGAGAACUAUCCAGACCUGGCUUUCCGACAAAAGCCCAUUUUUGGAAAGUCUCAAAAAGCUAAGCAGGCUCUUAAGGCCAACGACCGGGCUGGGGGCAAGGGGCACAAUGCAGCCCGAUUCGCUGAGGUCAAUGUUGACAUGAGUGGCCCCCAGUCUAUAACCACGCAUGCUGAGACAACCCAAAGCAACAGAAAAUUACACAUCCCAAAUCCAGUUGAAUCACAAACCUCAGAUGACAACCAACUGGUGCGUCGAGUCGAAACAGUGUUACAAGGAUGCGGCUGUAGGGGGCCGCGCGAAAACUGCCUGGCUGAGCAAAUAGGUAAAUUGCACAUGAAAGAACUUAGUGCAGAUGAGACUCUUAAAUACCCCAUCGAGGAGACCACACAGACCCAGCUAUGCAGUGGAAAUAAUGACCUUAUUUUAGCCCGACCUACAAACUCCCAGGAUGGCAUUAGCUUGCCUAUCUUGUGCAGUCCAUCUAAAGAGUCUGUCUGCAACAUUACAGGUUGUGGGAGCUGUGCAGGAUCUGAUGCCAUUCCCGGACAGGUCAACACCAUUACAGAGCCUCCUCAGUCCAUCUAUAUCCCCAGUUCUCGGAGUAGAUGUAGCCCACCAUUGGGACCACCAACUGACCAUAAGCAGACUGAAAAUGAAGCUUCAAGUUCUCAACUUCGCAGAAGUCCCACAUCACAGCAACCAGAAGAUGAGCUAGUCCAAACAUAUGUAAUUGUGUAGAGAGACACGGUAUUCCAGGUUUUCUUCUCAAUGCCAGACAUUUUUGUGUGCAACUAUGUGGAAAUGCACUGAUCCUUUAAAAAUUGUCAUUGUAUGCUAGUACUGUCAUCAGAAAUGUUUUUUUUGUGUGUGUGUGUGUGUGUUCUUCUUAAUGAUGGCAACUUUCCUCUGAAUGAAGCACUGAUUCAUGCUGAGCCUUAAAUGUUAAAUCGUAAUUUAUGAAGAUUAUAAUAAGAAUGUCUGCUUAAAUUCUCUUAUAGUUUCCCAAGUGAAGGAAGGUUACUUGCUGCUACAAUAAUCAUUGAACUGCUUAACAUGUUUUGGGUCGACAUUAUUUUAGAGCUUCACUUACUUGGUGGUACUGUGCCUUACUAUAUGUAGAGAUUGUUUAAAUGUGCACCCACUUGUCUUAAUAAUUUUUCUGCAGGAAUGUCUGUCAUAUCAAGUGCAUAUGGUAUU